ACUCAGCAGAUAACUCCUCAGCUCGCUCUUCAGGUCCUCCUCCAGUUCGAUAAAGCCAUCAACACAGCGCUCGCCAACCGAGUCCGCAACAGGGUCAAUUUCAGGGGAUCUCUGAACACAUACAGGUUCUGCGACAACGUGUGGACGUUCGUUCUGAACGACGUUGAGUUCAGAGAGGUCACCGAGCUCGUGAAGGUCGACAAGGUCAAGAUUGUCGCCUGUGAUGGAAAGAGCGAGUCGACCCACAACAAAACUGAUAAAUGAUUUGGGCGGCCGGCUCUCUGGGAGUUCCUCUGUGGGACAAAGUCCCGGAUGGACCUGGACUGUACAUAUAAUUUAUUACAGCGGUCACCUGUGUGGGUGUGUGCGGCAGUUUGCUUUGUUUUUUAUUGUUUACGGAAGUUUUUGUUCAGUUUGUUGUGAUUACUGAGUCAUGAAUAAAAACUUUAU